AGAGUGCCGGGGUCUGCCCAGAGCCUCAUCCCGACCUAGGCUCCCUCCCCUACUCCCCAGGGUGCCCCUUAGAACCCCCCCAGCGCAGGCUCCUGGCUCCCCCCCAGCUCAGGUCCUGCCUCUGCCUGCCCUCACAGACCUUCCCUGGGGCCCAGACAGCCCCCACCCGAGCUCGGUCACCCACUCUCCUCCCAGAGACCCACUCCCAAGCUCAGAAACACACCCCACUAGGCGCAGGCUCCUUUCCCUGCCCCAUCUCACAGAUAUCCCAUCCCCUGAGGCAGAGGCUGUCUCUCUGCCCCCCCCCUCAAACACACACCUCCCCCCACCCCCAGAGUCUCCUCCCCUGAGCCCAAACUCUUUCCCUCCCCCUGGGCUGCCAUCAUUCUCCUCUUGCAGACUUUGAGCUCAGGUUCCUUCCCCAGGUUCCAAACUUGCUACCCCAGGUUUGCUGGAAGCUGUGGUCUCCAUGGGCAACCACAGUCUGCCUCUUUGUGGCACACAAUCCAGGUGGCAGCCCAUCUGGCACCUCAUCUGGGUACAAGCUGCUCGUGCCGAGGAUGAGGACAAGAAGCAAAGAGGCCAGGAGGAGCCUUUGCAAGGGCUUUCCUAGCCUCUUCCCAGCUCGGGAUCCUCUGUCAGGUCAGGGGCUGAAGCUCCAUCCCUGUGCCCCAGCUGAGCAGGACCUCGCAGCCUUCCCAUCACAGCACAGGGGAAUGAUGACUCACUGCGCAGCUCUGUUCUGGAGAUUCUUGGGGGAUCUUUGCCUUCCUGUGUGCCGCACUCUGGAACCUGCCUGCGAUCCCCGCCCUGAACAGCACAGACGAGGUGGGCGCCGGCCAGUCCAUCCAGAAGACCUACGACCUCACCAGCUGAAUUACCUUGGCCCACCCUUCAAUGAGCCAGACUUCAACCCUCCCCGGAUGACAAGGGCUGAGAUGGUGCCCAGUGCCACUGUGGACUUUGAGUUGUGGCGCAGCCUGAAUGACAAUGCCCGGCUGGCAGCCAAUUACCGGGCCUACACGCACCUGCUGUGCUACCUGCGCAGCAUGGAUGGGCAGGUGGCCAAGGCUGAGCUGCGCAAGAACCUGGGCCACUUCUGCACCAGCCUGCAGGGCCUGGUGGUGAGCAUUGCCAGCGUCAUGUCCUCGCUGGGCUACCCGCUGCCCAGCCCGCUGGGCAGUGCCAACCCCACCUGGGCCCAGGGGCCAGGCGCCACGAGCCCCCACAAUGACUUCCUCAAGAAGAUGGAUGACUUCUGGCUGCUCAAGGAGCUGCAGACCUGGCUGUGGCGCUCCGCCAAGGACUUCAACCGCCUCAAGAAGAAGGUGCCGCCUGCUGCCCUCAUGCUGCGCCUCGAGAUGCGGGGUUUCUGACCCCUGCCCCCCCACAUCCCAUCACCACGCUGUGCCUCAAGGUGCGGGGCAUCUGCCCACUCCCACCCCACUCAUCAUGCUGUGCCUCGAGAUAAGGGGCCUCUGACUUCCACCUCCCCUCAGAUCUUCCGCACCUCCAAACCCAGGCUCCACUGUGCCUCCCACCCCUUACCCCUCUCUCUCCCUUCCAUGGUUUCCAGCCUCCUCCCCAUCUGUGAUGCCAUGCAGCAUGUCCCCAUCCUUCUCCCUCCCUCUCUGUGCCCUCCUGCCCCUGCUUUUUCCUUAUUCUCCAGCAAGGGACCUAUUUGCUUUCCAAAACAGGGAAAUGACCCUCAUUCUCCCAAUACAGCCCAGAGCAGCACUAAACCCCACCCCCAGAUCUGGACAGCAAUAAGCCCAUCCCAGUUCACCCAGAGCAACAAUAAACCCCACCCCCAUGUGCUCUGGGCAACAGUCAGCACUGUCUAUUUACCAUGGGCAGCCCUAAGCCUUGUCUGGUUUUGUCUCUUGCUGCAUCAUACUCUGUACCUCUGGUUUGAUCCAAUUCUUCCUCUGCGUCCCCAUCCCCUGCUGCAAUCCCCCACCCCUCCUCUCAUGCACAGAGACCUGGACUCAUCCAGCCUUUCCUCAGGUUCAGAGCCCCUGACACUGGCCUGCAGCCUGGCCUCCAUGUCUCCUUGGGUGCUUCCAGUUCUGCCCUACAUGCAUCGCUUUCCUCAUGCCUGGGGGCAGGAGCUGAGGUGAGCAAUGCCAGUGCCAGCCCUCCAGUCACACCUAUGAAUGGGGCAAUCUCACCCCAUGACACUGCAACAUCGUGGGGCAAGACGCAUUAGAAAUAGGAAGGAUCAAGGGGAGAACAGGAAAGUCUGGAGAUCUAAACCAGGAAGGGGCAGGGUUUGGAAGAGGAAAGGUUGGGGUCCAAACUAGGGGCAGGGUUUGAAAGCGGACCUCCAGCAUUUCUCCAAUGGCAAUGCUGCUGCAUCUUUUGGCCCCAUCUCCUGACAAAACACCCAUGAGGGCCAGGAAAGCAGGGGAGCUAAACCAGGAAGGCGUGGGGCACUAUCCCUCCGCCCUUUCGUACCAUGACACAUGGAGCAUUUCCUUAAAGUUUACAUUGUCGCCGACGUAGCAUUUGGGCAGAUGUGGGGGCUCUUUACCUGGCAUAGGCCCUGCUGCCCAGCCCCCUGCCCAUGGUCCAGGUGUGGGAUCAGGGUUAAGGGCCUGUCACCCCACCCUUCUUACCCCCCCCCCCACAUUCCCCCUGUCGGGUUGUGUUUUUCUUGGUUUAUCUAUAUUAAUAUUUAUUUAUUUGGAAAUGUUAUUUAUUAGAUGGUAUUUAUUGCAGAAUUUCUAUUCUUGUAUUAACAAAUAAAAGGCUUCCUCCAUGAGCUUGGCUCAC